AUGAAGCGCGGGGACGAGACAGACACCACCCUUGCAAAGUUCAUAGCUCAGCCGAAUCAGGUGGUGGCAGCUCAGCUUGGAGACACCGUCACUCUCCCCUGCUUCUGUCCCGAAGAGGACGUGUCCUCGGUCGCCUGGUUCAAGCAAGCUGUCGGACAGAAGCCUCAGCUCAUUGCAACAUCACGGAAUUAUGUUACAGAGGCCAUAUUCUUCAAUGAAUUUAAAGACAGCAAACGGCACAGUGGACAGAAAAAACACGGGUUCUUUAACCUGACGGUCUCACAAACACAGCCAUCAGAUUCUGCAAGGUACUACUGCUCAGCGACGUUCAUGAAUGAGAUCGAGUUUGGAGAAGGAAUCCUUUUAAUACUGCUGGGUUCAGAGCCUAACAGCAGGACAGUAGUGCAGCAGUCCGUGUCUGAGCCGGUGCAGCCAGGAGACUCUGUGACUCUGCAGUGUACAAUAGACACUGAGACCUGUGCAGGAGAGCACAGUGUGUACUGGUUCAGACAGGGCUCAGGAGAGUCCUCUCCAGGAGUCAUUUACACCCAUGGAAACAGCAGUGAUCAGUGUGAGAGGAGCUCUGGGGCUGGGUCUUCUACACAGAGCUGUGUCUACAAGCUCCCCAAGAGGAACCUCAGCCUCUCUGAUUCUGGGACUUACUACUGUGCUGUGGCCACCUGUGGGGAGAUCCUGUUUGGGAACGGGACCAAGCUGAAUAUUGAGGGUGAGAAAAACACGCCUCUUCCCCUUCUUCCUCUCUGCCUGGCGAUGGCACUGGCUCUCAGCAUGGUCACCAUUGCUGUGCUUCUCUUCACUCGGAACAGGAGAAAGGACUGUGAGCAUUGCCGAGGUGAGAGGUGUUACGCAGUGAGGAUGAGGAGAGACUCUGAGAACUGCGCAGUCAGAGGUGUUACGCAGUGA